AUGUUCUUCUCAACAAUCGCUAUUUUAGCUCUCGGAACUGCUGGUGUCAGUUCGAGUGCGGUGCAUAGAAGGGGUUUGGGACUUCAAUCUCGACAACAGGAAGCUGCCCAACCAUUCGUUGGUGCAAAUACCGGUGGUGGUGCUCAGUGCCUUACUCCUGAUUUGAUUCAAGCUGCAAGUGGCAAGACUGGCCAGGAGCCUGGGACUGAUGGAAUCAAAGCAGGUCAAGCUCCCUCUGCGACCAAUGCAAACAAUUUCAUUGCUUUCUGCUCGGGAUUGACCAAAACCAACGGAGUUCAAGUGUCGGGCGGUUCUUGUAACCCAAUUCCAAUGGGAAAGAUUCCUGCUACUGCCAACAUGAUUGCAGCAAUGAUCACCUUCCCUCAACCAAACGAUGUUGUUACUGCUGGCCAAACGUUCAGCAUUUCCGUUCAAACCCAGAAUCUCGAUGCUGGCAAAUUCGUCAACCCAACUACGAACUAUUACACAGCUCCACAGGAUCUCAAUGCUGCAGGAAAUAUCAUCGGACAUUGCCAUGUUACAGUACAGGAGAUUGGCGAUCUCAAGUCAACAACCCCACCAGAUCCAACCAAGUUUGCCUUCUUCAAGGGUAUCGAUGAUGCCGGGGAUGGAAAUGGACUUCUCACUGCUGUGGUAACUGAUGGACUCCCUGCCGGUGCCUACCGUGUCUGCACAAUGAUUGCUGCAGCCAACCACCAGCCCGUUAAUAUGCCUGUUGCUCAACGUGGUGCUCAAGAUGAUUGUACCAAAUUCGAAGUCACGGCUGAGGGCGCUGUGGUCGCUAAUGUUGCUGCUGCUGAGCAGAACGCAGGUGAUGCGAACAACGGAAAGAUGGAAACUGGUAAGGUUGAUGGUGCUGCCAUUGAUCAGUAG